AUGGACACAUCCAGCGUAGGCACACGUGUGAGCGUAAGCGGAAGGCAGCUGGUGCCCACAUUUGGAGGUGAGUUUUUCGUGUGUUACAUGAUGCACGCUGCUUUGUCGAACAGCCGAUUUCGAUUCCACGGUUACAAUGGGAGCAUUGGAGAUUUCGAUUCCACGGUUACGUUGGGAGCUUGCACGGGUGGGAGGCGCAGUAGGAAUGAGCGAAAGGAGGAACGCUGGCUUCGUAUAGAGCGCUUUAUGGGAAGGCCUGCUCGCAUGGCGCUGGCGCUGGCUGCCAAUGGGAGUGCUUCAGGCAUUCGCAGCGGACGGCGGUGUCAGCCUCCUUCUACACGUCCCA